AUGGAAAACACAGUAAAAUUAUUUAUGGAAGUUACAAAAGAACCUGAUGAAAAUGAAGCUACUAAUAUUUUGAAAUCUUGUGAGUGGAAUUUAGAAGAAGCCAUUUCUAUUUAUUUAAGUAAAAAUGAAUUUGAAAAAACAAAUAAAGAAUAUCAUAGCACUACUGAAAAUUUAAAUAAUAUAAACAAGAUAGAUGAAAUAAAGGAAUUUGAAGAAAGCAUAUAUAAAAAAAAUGAAAAUGAAAUAGAAAAAAAAAGUUUUCUUUAUAUAUUGAAUCCAAUAGGAAAAAUUAUAUUUCCUAUAUUUAAAAAUAUAUAUUAUGCUAUAUCUACUUUCUUUAAAUUAUUAAGUACUUUUAUAUUAACACCUUAUAACGAUAGUAAUUUUACUUCUUAUUAUGAAAAUAAAUAUGGUAAAAUGCACACUAAUUUUUUUAAGGGAAGUUUAAAUGAAGCUAUAUUAAAAUCAAGAAAAGAAGAAAAAUUGUUACUAGUAUAUUUACAUAUAGAUAAUAAUGAAAGUGCAUAUUUCUGUGAACAAGUUUUUAAUAAUUCUGAAAUUAAAAGUUUUUUUGAUGAAAAUUGUAUUUUAUUUGCUCAAGAUAUAUCAAAAGGAGAUACAAAGGAGUUACAGAAUGUUCUAAAUGUAUUUAUUUUACCUCAAAUUAGUAUUAUAUUAACAUGUUAUGUGAAAGAUAUAAAAGAAUUAACUAUCAUUUAUGGAAAACCUUCUGUCGAUCAUAUAAUUAAUUCCAUAACUCACUGCAUUGAACAAAUGCAAGUUAAAAAAGAAAAUUCCGAAAAUUUAAAGCAUAAAACUUAUAAUGACAGAUUAAUAAGAGAACAACAAGAUAGGGAAUACCAAGAAGCUUUAAAAAAAGAUAAACUAAUAGAAGAAGAAAAAAAAAAAAAAGAAAAUGAAAAAUUAAAAAAAAUACAAUAUAAAAAAGAAAUAAAAAGAAAAAGACAAGAAAAAUGUAAAAAAUUUCCUUUACCAAUUAAAGAAAAUGAACAAGUAACAAAAAUUUCUUUAAGAUUAUCAAAUGGGACUAGAAUUCAAAGUAAUUUUAGUUUAGAUCAUACUUUAGAAGAUAUUUAUGAAUGGGCAGAAUGUUGUGAAUUUUUAGAAAAAAAUAUUAAAAUUCCAUAUAAAUUUGAAUUAGUAUGUGGGCAUAGUAAAAGUACUUUACAAAAAGUAAAAAAUAAAAUAAAAGAAUUUGAUUUAUAUCCUAAUGCUGUAUUGAAUUUAAAAUCAUUAGACACAUCUGAUGAGGAAUAA